CUGGGAAGAUGCCGUUUGUGCUCUGUCCGGGAGGGAGCCGGAGCUGCCCCGCACCCUGCCCGCUGCCCGCAUGGACACCCGGGUGCAGGAUGGGGCCGAGGCGCUGCCGGAGGGAUGCCCGACGGCCGAGGUGUCGGAGGGAGCGCGGUGGGAGCAGCGCCCGGCGGGGCAGUGGACGGUGGCGGAGGUGGGUGCCUGGCUGGCUGCGCGGAGCGGGGCCGAGGAGCUGGCGGAGCUGGCAUGCGAACACGCAGUCUCGGGCCGGGUCCUGCUGCGGCUGACGGAGGGGACCCUGCGGCGCAUGGGGGUGGCCCCGCGGAGCCGGCGCCGGGAGCUGCUGCGGGAGCUGCUGCGGCUGCGGCUGCAGCAGGAGCUCGAGGAGCUGCUGAGCAUCGUUGGGGAGUGAAGAUGACGUCCCUGCGGAUGUCCUGGAGCCUCUGGGAGGAGAGGUGACGUCACGGGAGGACAAAGCAGCAGCUGGAACUGAGCACCCGAGGCAGGAGCGGUGCUGGAGGGAGCCCCGAGGUCACCGCGUCCCCCCAAAGAAGAAGCCCAAACCUGGCUGGUGCUGGCAGGCGAGGCAGGGAGAAGUGGCCACCGGGCCCCCGGCGGCACAAGUUGAGGGUGGCUGCCCUUCGCACCACUGCUGGCUCCCGUGGGGUCCCCCCGGCUCUGGCAAGCUGGGGGGGAGCCCUCCCAGCCCCCUGCGAUCCUGCUGCAACCAUGGGGCAGCCCAGCCCCAGGAGGACCCUCCAGCAAUGGGGCACAGUGGCCUGUCCGUCUGUCCCUCCGUGGGGCAGAGGGGCUGGCGCCAGGGGGGGGAAACAAGUUCCCGAGUUGCUGCAUUGGGGAAA